AUGCCUCAGGUCAGUGCCCGCAUGGCCACAGAGCAGCACAGAAGGAUAAACUUCCUCGUCUGCCUCCGCCCCGGAUAUCCUCUCCAAGGCAAAAGGGUCAUUCACUGGAAGACUCCCCAGGGGCCGCGGCGGAGCGAGCAAGACCGGGAGGCGCUGAGGGCGUGCCCAGCGCCCCUCCGCAGGGCGCAGAGCCGCGUGGCCCAGGGCGCACUCACCUGGCAGCUGGCUCGGCGGCGCACGGGCGGCAGGCGCUCUCGGAAGUGGCGGCUGGGUGCGCCCGGCCUGCGCGCCGUUUUGUUCCGCUCCGGGGAAGGCGUGUCCCGGGCCACGCCAACCAGUGGGCUUUGCACACUGCACCACUCCAGGGCUGAUGUCAUGGCGCGAAGCCCGGCGGUGCUGCCCUCCCAGGCCCCAGGACGGCCCGGCCGGCAGGGGCAGGGCAGGAGUCGCCGACUGUGGGGGUGCCCCGCGCUUGUGCUGCGGUCCCACUGUGCGCCCUGUCGCCGCCACCGCGGAAAACGUCUUGCACGUGCGAGGGACAUUUCGGGGGUUUCCUGUCGGUCAGAUUUUCCCCGCCCGGGGAAAGAACCAAAUCAACUGAGCAUGCGCAGAAUGACGUCAAGCCGAGGACACCGAAAUUCAAGAAGCCACUCCUACACACACGCCCGGAACUCCUCCCCGUCCAGCUCCCAGGCAUAAAAGUCCGCCGCCGGCCGGAGCCAGGGUGACUUCUUCGGCCCCCCGCAUUUGUGGACCGGAGAACAUCACCCGAGAGCGCCGG